UGGCAGGACGACAGUACAGUGUAAAAGGAAGAGUAUCAAAUAAUUUUAAAAAAUGACUACAGCAGGCAUGAGCAUGUGCAGGGCCGUCUUCUACGAGGACAGGAACUUCCAGGGUCGCUCUUAUGAAUGUAUGGGUGACUGUGCUGACAUGUCUCCUUACUUGAGUCGCUGCCACUCUUGCAAAGUGGAAAGUGGCUGCUUCAUGAUGUACGACCGUCCCAACUACAUGGGAAAUCAGUAUUUCUUUAGGAGGGGAGACUAUGCUGAUUACAUGUCUAUGUUUGGCAUGAGCGACUGCAUCAGAUCUUGCCGUAUGAUCCCUAUGCACAGGGGAUCCUUCAGAAUGAGGAUCUAUGAAAGAGAGAACUUCAUGGGUCAGAUGUACGAGAUGAUGGAUGACUGUGACAACAUCAUGGACUGUUACCACAUGUCUCACUGCCAGUCCUGCCAUGUGAUGGACGACCACUGGCUCAUGUAUGAGCAGCCCCACUACAGAGGCAGGAUGUGGUACUACAGGCCUGGAGAGUACAGGAGCUUCAAAGAUAUGGGGGGCAUGAGAUUCAUGAGCACGAGGCGCAUCAAUGAUUCCUUCUAUUAAAAAGUAAAUUGUAUUAAUGUGAGAAAAUGUGUUACUUGACAAUAAAAUACUUCUGAACAAAUCACU